UCAUGGAGGUUAUGGAAGAAGGUAAUUUAAUGGACAGGGUUCCAGUGUUAUUGCAGCGAGAUUUACAAUUUUAUCAGACGCACCAACGAGUACUUCAGGAGCGAAUUUGUCUUGGCGUAGUCGGUGGUAAGUUGGACUUUCCACGUUAUGCUUCCUUUGCAGCUAUUAAAAUUGUGCUUUGGUGGGAGGACGAAUACUUUGCUUCUUAUCAAAAGCAUUCGGGUCUAUUGCAUGCGGAGUGGGAUCUUUUAACGCAGGAACCGCCAGCAGUUAUAGUGAAAACCUCAGAUCCCGAAAAGUUUGUAAAUCUCGUAACACGUUCGGCUGAUAUGCUUUUGGAACAUUUACAUGUACUUUCACAGGAAUCGCUAGAUCAUGCCGAUCUCUCCGUGCUGACAGCAACCAUUGGUGCGGCUGCGCUCAUUAAGAAUUGCCUACACAUUUAUAUGCAAGCAGCAAAUGUGAAAAUAUAUCGGCCAAAGGGUAAUGAAAAGGGUGGCGCCUUAAGAUUGUCCUAUAAGCAAUAUUUUCAAAUGGCCGAGGCGCUCGCGGAGAGAUUAUUGGAUUUGCAUUGUAGAUUGCUGUUGCUCUACAUCGUACAAGAUACCGAUUGUCUAAAUUGGGAAAAUAGUCAACCAUUUUUCGAAUCCGAACGCGGUUCCUACACCAUACAAAUGUGGUGGCACUACAUACAGGGUAUUAAGGAUGAUUUGUGGAAUUCGGUGCCGCCUAAGAUGGCACAACGCAUUUUUGCGGGUAUUUUGAAUGAAACUUUGGGUGUACUUUCUGCACGAUAUUCACUAAUUCUGACGAGUGUGGAACGGGCCCAGUUACAUUUGGCUGACAUCUCGAAUAUGUUGUUUUGUGUAGCCGAGCUCUUGCCUUACAUCUGUGAGAGUGGUGAAGCUUAUAUAGGACUUCAGCUCUCUGCACAAAAUGCAAUUAUCCGCGAUGUACAUGCUAAGUGCAGAGAACUUUUCUAUUGUCUACUCUUACGUGGCGCUCCAUUGGGUGUACUCUCAAAGCUCUGCCGUAAGAACAUUGAGAAUAUGGAAAUGUUUUCGUCUAGACAAGGUUUACCAUGCGCCUGGAUCUUAUUUGCUUCGCCAAGACUUUUUUCGACAGACAAGACGUUCCAGUGGGUGACCGAAUUCGGUGAUCUGAGUGCACGCAUUGCGAUCUCACUGGAACUGAAAGUUCUUCUGGCAUUUCCCGAAGCGGAUUGGGCGUAUUUGUUAAAGGUGCUCUUAAUGCGUAACGCUCAGGUCACUGGUAUUAUUCUACGACAUAUUUUUUCGCAUUUACCCUCACCUGAGAAUUUCAAAAACGAAAACAGUGCACUUCUCAGCGAUUGUAGUGAACGAAAAAAGUGUGAGGCUUUUCUAUGUCGUGGGGAAUGUUUAGAUCUAGCCGAACAAAUUAAAAAUCAAGCAGAUCCCAUUGGUCAGUCCAAUUAUCAAAUUGCACUAUCCUUAACCUAUCUGUUGGUCGCUGUUGGAAAAGCUGCCGAUAUCAAAUCGUGUCUUAUCAAAAUUUUGGAAGAGAGUUCAGCUGGUUGGAGUGAUUGUCUUGAUAAACGACAGGUUUGGAAUCAAAAACGACCACCUUGGCUUGAAGCAAUUAUGCAUUUCGUCUAUCCCGUGCUUAACUGCAUUGUCGAUAUGUUGGUAAAUGCCGUCGAAGCGGGCGCUAGUAUGUAUCAAGCCAUGUCAUUGGCUCUAACGUGUGUCUCUGAGAUGUGGGAUUGCAUGCCGGAGAGUCUUUAUAAAGUAACAAUUUUACUACAGGAUAUUAUACCAGUUUCCACGCGUCCGCUGGGCGAUUCAGUGUUAAUGCAAGUGGUUUUCGCAGCUUUGUAUACAGAUCUCAUAAGAAAGGCAAAAACUUAUGAAAAUGAAAAUAAAAUGGAGAAAGCUUCUACCUGUUAUUCCAUAUCGGAAGCUAUAUGCUGCAUCGAUGAAGACGAUAAACAUACCGAUCAAAUUGAUUUGUUUUUGAAACAAACUAGAGAUUCGAUAACGAUCGAAGCGAAUUCUCAUUUUGAAUAUAACGGUGGGGCACGCAGUUGGGUGAGCACACUGAGUACCGUUAAAAUUGAUGAUUUAAAUAAUACACAUACGGAACGUUUAACACAAAGUCCACCAACAAAUUAUGCUUCAGAACUGGAUGUGGGCGUAGCCGAUUAUAUAGCGGAUAUUUUAGUCAGUGAUGUGUUGACCAGCAAUUUUGGCAAACAAGCUUUGAAGACCAGUUACAGAUAUUUGAAAAAUAAUUCGGAUUGGUUAAUGGAACAGCUGGGCGCUGGUGUGGCAGUUAGUGGCCCGAAUUUGGGACAGAGAAUCAACGAGCCCAAAGAUUCGAUAUUGUCUACAAUGUUUUUCGUUGGAAGUCAUACGUUUGAUCAGCUGCUGAGCGGCGUCCUCAGCAUCGACUAUAUUACAUGGCUGCAAACACCUCUAUCGCUGAAUACCGAACGCGCUUGGCUACAUUUGUCACGACGUUGCGAUUUCCAGGAAGACUCCAAAUUGCGUAUGCCUGAAGUCACAAUGGUCGCUGGUAUUACGCAAGUGAUGAAAAAACUUAAAUACGCUAAGAAAUUUUAAGCGUUGUUGUUUUAAUUGACACGCAUACAAUUUUACAAAAUAUGUGCACAAAUAUUAGAUGUACGAGUAUGUAUGUAAGUAUUAAGACAAGUGUUAAGUGCAGUCGCACAGAUGUUGGUAAACAAAAAUGCUGUAACGCGUAAUAAUUGGUUUGGAAUUUAAAAAAUUUCACCGCAAAUGCAAGCGGCACAUGGACAUGUG